GUGUGUGGGAGAUUGUGGGUCAGCAGGGCGGCGGCCUGUCGGUGCUGAGGACGUUCCGGCUGAUGCGGGUGCUGAAGCUCGUGCGCUUCAUGCCGGCCCUGCAGAGACAGCUGGUGGUGCUGAUGAAGACUAUGGACAACGUGGCCACCUUCUGCAUGCUGCUCAUGCUCUUCAUCUUCAUUUUCAGUAUCCUGGGGAUGCAUCUGUUUGGUUGUAGAUUUGCGUUAGAGAGUGACAAGGACACACUGCCGGACAGGAAGAACUUUGAUUCUCUUCUCUGGGCCAUAGUUACGGUCUUCCAGAUCCUCACCCAGGAGGACUGGAACAAGGUGUUGUAUAACGGCAUGGCCUCCACCUCUCCAGUGGCUGCUCUUUACUUCAUCGCACUCAUGACCUUUGGAAACUACGUCCUCUUCAACUUACUGGUGGCCAUCCUAGUGGAGGGUUUCCAGACAGAGGGAGAUUCUUCCAAGCCCGGUUCAGAGAUCGGUUCCAUCGCACGUUUGGAGGAUGUGAACGGCAGCAAGAGGGAUUUAUCGGCCUCUGCAGUAGUGCCUGUAAAUGGUCAUGUGGACCUGAAGACCAGCCUGACUCCACCUCUUAUUACUCACACGGCAGCCACCCCCAUGCCCAUACCCAAGUUGCCUGUCGGAGGUGAUCCCAUCCUUGGGUACGAGUCCCGUCGAGGCAGCAAUGUCUCCAUAGACCCAGCCUGCUAUGAAAAAUCACCGACCAGUGCCCACAGUGCUUCGCCCUAUGCCCCGUGGAGCUCCGGCAGCGGCUGGACCAGCCGACGAUCCAGCUGGAACAGCCUGGGCCGCGCCCCGUCCCUCAAACGCCAGAAGCGGCAGUCCGGGGAGCGACGCUCGCUCCUCUCUGGGGAGGGCGGCUCCAGCUCGGAAGAUGGGGAGGGUGGAGGUGAAGAAGGUGGUGGGAUGAUGGAAGAUGACAACACCUCCCUGGCCAGAACGGAUUCCAUGUCUCAGAGAGGUCCCCGACAUCGGAGGAUGGAGUCAGUGGAGACUCGGAGCUCCAUGGAUUUGCCACCUGAUGCUCUUCUGCAGGUGCCCUACCUGUACCGCUCAGCAAGCAUGCACAGCUCCAGACCCCCCUCUCUGGGCCCCCUACGGCCCACAGAGCACAGCGACUGCAACGGAAAGGGCUCUCUGGCAGUCCUGGGCCCAACACAUGUCUCGCUGGAGGAGAACACAGAAGAUGAAAACGCAGAGGAGGAGCCCACCCUGGGUCGUUUUGCCAGAUUAUUCCGCUGGCUGGAGAAGAAGCAGCCCGAGUGGUGUCGACAGAGAGACACCUGGUCACUCUACCUCUUCCCUCCAGAGUCCAGGUUUCGGAUCCUGUGCAAAAGGUUCAUCACCCACAAGAUGUUUGACCACGUCGUGCUGGUCAUUAUCUUCCUCAACUGCAUCACCAUUGCCAUGGAGAGGCCCCGCAUCGAACCCUCCAGUGCUGAGCGGAUCUUCCUCACGUUGUCCAACUACAUCUUCACGGCGAUCUUUGUCACUGAGAUGACAGUGAAGAUCGUAGCUUUGGGCUGGUGUUUCGGGGACAAGGCCUAUCUGAGAAGCAGCUGGAACAUUCUUGACGGGAUGCUGGUGAUGAUUUCUGUCAUCGACAUCCUUGUGUCCCUCAUCUCCAACUCGGGUACCAAGAUCCUGGGCAUGCUGAGAGUGCUGAGGCUGCUGAGGACCCUGCGGCCGCUACGAGUGAUCAGCAGAGCCCCAGGGCUGAAGCUGGUGGUGGAGACUCUGAUGUCGUCACUGAAGCCCAUCGGCAACAUUGUAGUCAUCUGCUGCGCCUUCUUCAUCAUCUUUGGCAUCUUGGGAGUACAGCUCUUCAAAGGGAAGUUCUUCUUUUGUCAAGGACUAGAACAUCAAGUAAAGAACAUCACCAACAAGUCAGACUGUAUGCAGGCCAGCUACAAAUGGGUCAGACACAAGUACAACUUUGACAACCUGGGACAGGCCUUAAUGUCUCUAUUUGUUCUGGCAUCAAAAGACGGCUGGGUAGACAUUAUGUAUAAUGGACUUGAUGCUGUAGGAGUGGACAAACAGCCAGAAUUGAACUACAACCCAUGGAUGCUGCUUUAUUUCAUCUCUUUCCUGUUGAUCGUGGCUUUCUUCGUGCUCAACAUGUUCGUGGGCGUGGUGGUGGAGAACUUCCAUAAGUGCCGGCGCCACCAAGAGGCCGAGGAGGCCAAGCUCAGGGAGGCGAAGAGACUGAAACGCAGGGAGAAAAAGAGACGGAAUUUAUUGGUUCCGGGGGUGAGUUGGGCUCUUUCUGAAGGCACAUUGAAAGCUCAGAGUAAGCCCUACUACUCCGAUUACUCCCCCACCCGACUGCUCAUCCACAAGAUGUGCACCAGCCACUACCUGGACCUGUUCAUCACCAUCGUCAUCGGGCUCAACGUCAUCACCAUGUCCAUGGAGCACUACGAGCAGCCCCGGGAGUUGGACGAGGCAUUAAAGAUCUGCAACUACAUUUUCACCCUCAUCUUUGUCCUGGAGUCCGUCUUCAAGCUGGUGGCCUUUGGUUUCCGACGCUUUUUCAAGGACAAGUGGAACCAGCUGGACUUGGCCAUCGUGCUGCUGUCCAUCAUGGGCAUCACUCUGGAGGAGAUUGAGGUCAACGCUUCACUGCCCAUCAACCCCACCAUUAUCCGCAUCAUGAGGGUGCUCAGGAUUGCACGAGUAUUGAAGCUCUUGAAGAUGGCGGUGGGGAUGAGAGCUUUGCUGGACACUGUUAUGCAAGCCCUGCCUCAGGUGGGGAAUCUGGGUCUUCUCUUCAUGCUUCUCUUCUUUAUCUAUGCAGCUCUGGGAGUGGAGCUGUUUGGUGACUUGAUUUGUGAUGAGCUCCACCCAUGUGAGGGUCUGGGCCGCUACGCUACAUUUAAAAACUUCGGUAUGGCAUUCCUGCUGCUCUUCAGAGUUUCCACCGGAGACAACUGGAAUGGAAUAAUGAAGGACACGUUAAGAGACUGCGCCCAGGACACCAACACCUGCUACAACACGGUGGUCUCUCCUAUCUACUUCGUCUCCUUUGUCUUGACUGCUCAGUUCGUCCUGGUCAAUGUCGUCAUUGCCGUCCUGAUGAAGCACCUGGAGGAGAGCAACAAGGAGGCCAAAGAGGGAGCACUGCCUGAGGCAGACUUGGAGCUGGAGCUCCAGACAGACAUGGGAGACAUGGCAACAAGGUCGCCCCAGCUGAACCCUCUGGCACUGGGCAUGGACCGGUCGAGCUCUGGGGGUUCGCCCUGGAGGUUCCCCGGAGGAAUGGACAGGGAACAGGAGCGGGACGGACCGAUGGACUCACCCACUGCUGACAUAACCAGAGAUUCAGUCAACAUCAGUACAGACCCCCCUUCGUGUCUUGAUCCCCCACUGGAGUUUGUCCAGCGGAGAGUGCCGUUUGACUCGGUCUCCCUGGUCAUCCAGGGUUCAAUGGAGGGAGAGUUGAGUCUGAUGGACAACCUGUCUGGCUCUAUCUGCCACUACUACGCGCUGCCCCCCAAGCCCGGCAAGCACAGCACCGACAAGAAGAUCCCUCUAGCGGAGAUGGAAGUUCUGUCUCUGGCCUCGGAGAAAUCCUGGUCGCUAGCUCUGACAGACGACUCGACCCCCGACGAUUUUAACCCCCUCUUUCUAACCAGUCUGGACUGCAAUCAGACGGAGCAGCUCGAUCCUGGGGAGCCACUGAGGGAUAACCUGCUGAGCGUCAGGAAGCCGACAGUGGGACGCACACACUCCCUGCCCAAUGACAGCUACAUGUUCGUCCCCCCGCAGCCCUUUGGCCUCACAGGCCCGGCUCCAGCACAGCUUCUUGCACAGGGGCCCCAGCACAUACAGGGCGCCCAUAGGUCCCAAUCAGACUCCAGUGCCUCGGUGCGUUCGCAGCCAGAGGAGUUCUCCCAGCAGCUGAGCGUUCCCACAGACCUCUUCAGACCCAUCAGCCCCCACAGCCACUCAGACUCAGAGAGUAUACCACGACUACCCCCGCCCAGGCGCACGCACACGCUCAGCCGCACGCUCCGCAGACAGGUGGCGGUGUCUGCCGACUCUCAGGAGGCCCUGUGCUCGGGUGGAGGGGAGAGCAAUGAAGGACUUGUGAAUGUGGCCUCUGUGGGCCUCUCUACGUCUCCCUCCUCCUCCCCCUCCCCCACCUGUCCCUCCCCCUGCUCCCAUCACCCGCAGCAGCAGCAGCAGCAGCCGGCUCUCUGUCUGGUACCUGCCAUGUCAAGCGCCUCCCCGAAAGCCCAAAUCUCCGGCAGCGUGCACACCCAGCACCAUGACCAGCACUGCUACCCCUCCCACUCCCCUUCCUCCUCUUCCUCCUGCUCCCCUCCUCCACUUCUACCAGUCAGACCGCACCAACAGGAGGCCUCAGUGGAUCAGGAAGUGUCCCUCAUCACCUGCGCUGCGUUGGCUGGCAGGGAUGAUGUAAUGGCGGAGGACAGCAGCGAUGGUAAUGAGGGUACCAGCUCCUACGCAGGCUGCCAGGAGAGUCCAAGUCUGUAUUUGAGGCAGCUGAAAAGGUUCCACAGCGCUGACACGCAGGGCCACAGCAGCUUCCUCCCCCGCCCCCGCCCUUCCUCCUGGCUUGACGACCCUCGCCGCCACUCUGUAGAGGUCUGCUCCUCGGUGGAGUCCAGUCCCCAGCGCAGCACCACCUCCACCUCCUCCGGCUUUGUGUCGCGGGCCAACAGCCUGCAGAUCCACAGCCAGACCGCCACUCAGACCUCGCAACCCUCACCUCGACGCAAGAAGAAGAUGAGCCCGCCCUGCAUCUCCGUAGACCCCCCUGACGGACUGGAAACUCAGUCUGGCCUCUACCCGGGCCUGGGUGGGCUCGGGGGGUUAGGGAUGCCCCCUCCUCUGCCCAGCCGGGACACCUGUCUGAGGAGGAGAGCGCCCUCCAGUGACUCCAAGGACUCCUUUGACCUGGGUGUUGGCGAGGGUUCGGGACAGGAUGGAGGCUCGCCAAAACCCAGCCCCAACCCCAAGCUAUUGACUCUUCCCAGUUUCUCCUUCGAGAAGACGAGCUCUGAGCACUGAACAGUCCAACACACGCAGACACACACACAACCAUAGCUGGAGGAACCCUCCACACACACAAACACACGAUGCACUGUGUGUCUGUGAUGGUGAUAGUUCUAGUAAUAAUGCUGUAGAGAGUAAUAAUGGUGAAACUACAACAAACAGUAAAAACAUCCUUGGUUACAUAAGGAGUACAGUACUGUAGUAGUGUGACCAUCCCUUGUCUUUGUAUUGUUACUGCCAAAACAAACCAGAGAAGAAGAGAACACAUGAAACGACAAACUUGACUUCUUCUCUCUUCUGCUACGCCUGCAUGCCACUGGCUGCAGCUCGACCCCGUAACCUCUGGAGCGACAUCAGCGCCUGGGAUUUGGCGUCCUCUUGUGGUCACCAUCUGGACUGCCUGGUGUUGCACAGGGUGGACUUCGGUCAGUGGAGGUACAAAGCAAUAUGAACGUUUUAGAGACACUAUUUUCUUAAAUUAUUGGGCCAUAGUGUUUGUACAGGAUGUUGUUUUGUUUGUUUUUUUCAUUUCGAUUGUUAUUUUAAUGUUUUGUGAUUUUCUUUUUUGUCAAAAAUGGUUUGUCUGACUUUUUUUUCACUGUAGGAUAUUUCUAGCUUUCUUGGUUUACUGAGGAAAGUGAACGUUUUUCAAA